AUGUUGAAGGCCCUCAUAAGCGGGGGCCGUUCCUCCGACUCUCGCAGCACUUCCAGCAAGAGCAGUAGCAGUGGCAGCAGUGGUCGACGUCGCCGUACAGAUUCUUCCUCUUCCAAGUCUUCCAAGUCCAAGUCCUCGCGGGGUGACGACCGUGAUCGCGGCUUGGGCGAUCUGUCCGCCUACGCCUCAUCGACCAACAGCAAGAGUCGCAGACGCUACGCUUCCAGUAACGCGGGCGAAUCGGUCGCAUCGAGCUACGUGACGGCCGAGCCAAGUUUCGCAGACGAACCCGACCGGAGUGUUGUCGAACCAUUGACACCGUUGACACCGAUAACUAGAGAUUUAGAUGAUGGCGACCGCUACGACCGCUAUCGAGACGUUGAUGAUCGUGAUGGAUACACUGCGCGCAGGCGCGACCGGAACCGAUCGCCCAAUCCAGACGAGCGCGACCUGAGGAGGAUAGAUAAGAAGGAAAACUUGGAUCGCGACGAUGAUAUCGAGCCUCGCAUGGACCGCCAGCGCUACCACCCAGGCGAUCCGUACCUGCCGCCGUUAACUACCAAUAUCCCGACAACUGGAGUUGCUGGUCAGUUCGCCGCUGACAUCGCCUCGCCUGGCUUCUCCCAGUUUCCGAACCAAUAUCAGACCACGAUGACGAGCCCUCUAACGCCUGGCGUGGCCCAUUCGCCUGGAGGCUACGAUCCCCAUGUGCCGCAUCAAUUCCCCGGCCAGUUUCCUUCAUACCCAUCUAGCCCAUAUCAGCUCAAUCCAGCGGGCGAAGCGGCCGAUUAUUAUGGCGAUCAAGGGCAGUCGGUUCAGCACCAACCAGGCAUUCGUCCCAAGCCACCAGCCAUCAUCCCUAAUAACCAAGCGCAUUUGAUGACUGCCUCCCCAAGUGCGAACCCUCCGCCGGAGCCUAGCAGCAUGGGACAGGUUGGUGCGGCGGCUGCGUAUUACGGUGACGAAGUGGAAACUCCAGCCGUGGAGACUCCAGCAGAAACAGCAGAAACAGUACCACCAGCACCACACCAAGAACCUGAGAAUCCCCCGUCUGUCAUAUCAACCAAGCCUUCGAAACCGUCUAAGCCUUCCAAGCCCUCCAAGCCCUCUAAGCCGUCCAAACCGUCUAAACCAUCCAAGCCCGUCAAACCCAUACCAGCUGGGAUCUCCGCCGGCGGUGCAUAUGGCGUGCAGAGUAGCCUCGUGGCCCAUAAUGACCCAACCUCUCCUUUUGUACCAAUGGAUCCGACAAGUCCUGCAUAUAUUGAGUCUGAAGUUCAGAGCCCCGACAAACCUUCCCACAAUUCUCAUAAUAUUGAAGCCGCCGCGGGUGGCGCAGUAGCUGGAGCAGCAGCGGGGUAUAUGAUGGGCCACCAACACCAUCCUUCCUCGAAUGGCGAAUACCUACCUCAAUAUCCGAAUCAGAAUUACACGGAAAUGCCCCUUAACGGUGUGAGCCCCGGAGGCCCGUCGAUGUACCCCCCUUAUGCAAAUCCUGCUUGGUAUGCACCCGGUGUUGGAGGAGCACCUCCCUAUGGUGCUCCAAUGCAUCCCUAUCACCAUCAUCCGGCGUAUCAUGGAUCACCUUUCCAGUCCGGGGGCUUGGCAUUUCAACAGCCUCAACGUGGACCGCUGGAUAAGUUUGUUGAUUUUUGGAAGGAUCCUGAUGGCGUGGGUAUGUUCGAGGACUACACAGAAUCCAUUGGGGUCUGCAAGUACUGUUUCGAGCCUGGUACAAGUUCCCUGAAUGCGCCCCGAAAACAUAAUUAUCAACCUCGCCGCCGUCGCUCUCCUGAUCGUUACCAGAAUGGCUCCAGAAUUGACAAGUCGCUUCGCUAUCCGUCCUCCUCGGAAGAUGAGGGCCGACAGCGCAAGAAGUCGUCAAAGAGCUCCUGGUUGCCUGGAUUGCUUACCGGAUUCGCUGCUAAAUCGCUAUUUGGCGGCAAAGAUUUCGAAGAUAGUUAUAAUGUACGAUCAAGUCGGCCAAACAGCGCAGGAAAUUCCUCGCACGAUGAUGAAAGUGGUUCGGACCGAAAGAGCCAGGCCUCCCGCUAUCGGCGUUCUCAGCGGAGCCGGUCACCUGGCCGUUCCCGCCGCGGCUCGAAGUAUGAUGGAUCUCGCUUAUCGUCACGAUCCCGUUCGCGAUCAAGGUCUUCGUCCAGGACUGAACGCACCACUUUGAGAGAUGCGGCUUUGGAGUCUGCGGUGGACUCAACAUUAGGGGAGUCGAAGCCUCGUAAUCGAGGUCGCAGCCAGUCCCCCAGGCGUACCAGAGGCAGGAAGUCAUCGUCCGAUUCUUCAUCAUUUCUCGAUAUCUCAUCUAAACCAUCACGGAAAUCCAUUGCUGGUGGCCUGGGCUAUUUCUUUACGGCGUCUUCCGAGAACCGAAAGAAAAGACGCCAUAAAAGGAGUAGCAGCAUCUUCUCGUUUAACAAUUCUUCAUCUUCAUCACUGGAUGCUGAUCUGGCCUUCGGAACUGGCUUUGCGAAGAAACCCGGCAAGUCGAAGAAAAAGGGCCAGAAGAAGGACGAAGAUGUGGAUGCUAAGCUGCGCGAUUUGAGCGCAACAGCAACAUCACUAGCCGAUAGUGCUUCCCCUGGAAACAGACGCAGACGAGGCGAGAUUCUUGCCGGCAAAGACUCGCGGCGGUCAGACUAUGCCUCAUCCGCCACCAACGAUGACGACUGGGAGGACUUGGAUUCGGAAGACCAGUCAUCAUCUAGUGUCAUCUCUGGCCUGGACUUCGGUGGCAGUGCACUAUAUGGCCACGAGGACUCGUCGGAUUCGGGCACGUCCAAAUGGAGUUGGAGAUGGGGCAGUAAGAGGGAUAAAAAGAAGAACAAGAAGAAGCAAUCUAGUCCGACAGCAAGUCACAUCCACCCUGGUGCUGCAUUUGCGGCGGGUGCUCUCGGAACGGCUGCCUUUGCUUAUGCCAGAGAUUCCAACCAGGGCGAUGCAAAUAAUGCAGGCGAUCUUCGACAUGUUCACCCCAUGCCUAUUUCUGAUCCAUCUGGCCAACCCGCCUUUGUGCGUUCCUCAAUUCCUCUCCAGCAGCCCCAACCUGUGAUGCCAGUCUCCCAGGCGGUAUACUCAAGCGAGGGAGAAACAAUUCCUGCAUUUGUCGCCCCGACUGGCCCUCCUGCCGCAGCGUUUCGUCAAUCUUCUGGUCGAGCUGAUGGACAGGGAUAUUGGAACCAGGACGCUCCUUCGUAUUUCGAUCGCAGCGAUGUGACUUCCAAUGCGAAUCGUCCCCAUCGGCGGACCGGCUCUUCAGUGAUUACGGACCCCUUCGCUGGCACAACAGUAUCCAGUCUUAAGCGUCGGUCUUCUGGAAAAGACAAAGACCAAGCUAGUGUUUCAUUUGACCUCACCGAAGAGCAAGCAGACAAAGAGCGACGAACCGACCGUGCUCGAAGAAACAAGCGAGACGCUGAAUAUGGAGUUGGUUUGCAACUUAUAGACAAAGAACAGGAGGAGCUCGAGGAAGCUGAACGUCGUGAAAAGCGUCGUCGAGAACAGGACUAUGAGAAGCGACGAAGAAACGAUGAUUAUGACGACUUCUGCUCGCGCCCUUCUACCUCGCGCAGACGGUCACCGGAACGUGAAUCCCGUCAGAAAGACUCGCCAAGAGAUGGUGACUCUCCAUCAUGGGUUGGUCCUGCUGCCGCGGGCGUAGCAGGAGCUGCAGUUGCAGCUAGUAUGUUUUCAGGAAGAGCUUCGAAUGAUACAUCUUCCGAAGCUAGUCAGAGGCGCCAUGAGGAACGCCGAGAGAAACGCCGUGCAGAGCGCCGCCGUGGCUCUGGGCAUGGUUCUGAGCGCGGCUCUGAGCGCGGCUCUGAGAGAGGAUCUGAUAUCUCUAUCCCACCAGUGCCAGUAGAUGAGCCAGCAGAGCACGUGAAAAGUUCAGCUUUCCGUGGUGUCUCACGCAACAAGCCAGUGUAUGAUGAUUAUGCGCAGUUCUUUGCCCCUGAACAGAUACGUUCCAGCCCAGAUUCUCAAUCUCGCUCUCGCGAGACUACCCCAACUCCUCAAAUCGUGGAGGCAGAGCCUGCUAGUGAGACUUAUGGUCGGGAUAUGGCCCGGCCAUCCAAUCAGCCUCUGAAUUUACCGUGGCCUGUACCUCGACUGAAUCUCAUUGAACCUACUCCUCCUCAAAGUCUGAGUGGUUCUGUGAGGGGCGGCCCCUCCCCUGUUGUGCCCUCGGUAACGCACGAGGAAGAUAUCGCGAAGCCCACCGAGUCUAAAGUAUCUUGGGGAAAGCCCGUAACGCACGAGUACGAGGUUCCUUCUGAGCACGAAUCGAUUGAUAAUGAAGUCUCCGGAGAGCCAGAUGCUAGACAAUUAGUGCGCCAUGUUCCAGAAUACUCGUCUUCCAAGACCGUAUCGGAAGAACCUGCUGAGGCUUAUGGAAAAAACAUCGAAUUCGCAGCUGUUGUCGCUGCAGCAACGGCCGCUGCAGGUUUUGAUCCUUCGAUUGUGACAGAUAAUCCAACCUAUCAUACCGAAUCAUCGCCACCUCAAGCUCAGCCACAGGUAGCCUUUAGGUCACCAUGGCCUGAGACCCCUUUGCAUGAUGUGCCUCACGGGUUCGUCGAAGAAGGUGAAGUUCAGACAACCGAUGACGAAGGAAAAGGCAAAGAAUACGUGAUUGUAGACCGUGAGGGAGAAGAUCCGAGCGCCAACGACAAGUCGAGGGAGCUUGUAUAUGCACCCAAACAUCUCGUUCAACAACACCCAUACCGUUCAGAUCCGGAAUCUGCUUCCAGAGAUCUUGGGCAAGUUCAACCUUAUGCACCAUAUAGGCCGUCAAUUGCCCAAGGCGUCAUUGAGGAGCUCAGCAGCAGCAAAGCUCCCAAAGAAGAUGAACAGUUUACAGAUGCUCCUGAAGUUGCCAUUCCCCCCGAGUCCCCUCUUGAGGAUGUAUUCUCCAUGCCCGGUGGCUUCGAGACUCAGGCAACAUCGAAGGACCCCAAGCAUAUCGGUAACACUCGCUCUGUGGUUUCAGCCCCUGUCAGUGGCGAGACCAAUUCUCCGACAAGAACCGGAGCGGAGAGGUCAAAGGACAAGAAGAGACGAAAGAAGCGCUCAAAGGGUGGUAGUGACAUUGAUGACUCCAGUCGAGGGGGAUCAAUGGAGUUUGAUGAGAAGGUAUAG